ACUUAAAAGACCCCUUUUCUCAUCUUCACAUUCAUACUUUUCCUCUUUCAAAAAACUUCAAAAUUUUCAAAAAUCUUACAAAAUUCUAACAUCAAAAUGGGCUGUCUUGAUGAACAAGUUUGCAACACAGGUCUUGUUCUAGGUUUAGGGUUCUCAACCUCAAAACCAGACACCAACCAAAAUAAUCAAAAAUCCAUAGUCAAGAUUAGUAGUAAUAAUUAUGAGCCAUCACUGAGUCUGGGACUCGGUUCUGUAGAUUUGAUUCGUCAAGCGUCUUCUCCACUGAGUUGCAGCGCUAUCUCUAAUUCUUUCUCGAGUGGUAGGGUUAAAAGAGAGCGAGAAUUUAGCAGUGAAGAUACAGAAGUUGAGAAGAUUUCUUCAAGAAUUGCUAGUGAUGAAGAUGAAGAUGGUAAUACUAGAAAGAAAUUAAGGCUUACUAAACAACAAUCUGCUCUUUUAGAAGAAAGUUUCAAGCAACACAGUACUCUUAAUCCUAAGCAAAAACAAGCUUUAGCUAGGCAGUUAAAUCUAAGGGCUAGACAAGUUGAAGUAUGGUUCCAAAACAGAAGAGCCAGGACAAAGCUGAAGCAAACAGAAGUGGACUGUGAAUUCUUGAAAAAAUGCUGUGAAACCUUAACUGAUGAAAAUAGAAGGCUACAAAAAGAAAUUCAAGAAUUAAAAGCUUUGAAAAUGGCUCAGCCAUUUUACAUGCACAUGCCGGCAGCAACCCUAACUAUGUGUCCAUCUUGCGAAAGAAUUGGUGGUGUUGGUGAGACUGCUUCAGCAAAGAAUAAUAAUCCAUUUUCAUUGGCUCCUAAUAAAUCUCAUCAUUUCUAUAAUCCAUUCACUAAUCCUUCAGCAGCAUGUUAAUUAAUUUAUUAAUUACUUAAUCAUGGUUUUAGGUUAUCUAAAUAUAGGAAAAUUUUAUAAAGGAGAAGAAAAAAAUAGACUGUGCCCAUAAUCCCUCUAUUUUUUGGUUAAGGGCUUGUAUUAUAGAUUAAGUAUAGUGUAAUUUAUUAUUUUGUAGAGAAAUAGUCAAUACUAAUCUAUCUAAUCUUCCUUUUUUUAAUUAGUUUAAUUUUUAUCAUAAGCUUGUAUACAUUUCAGCAGAUAUAUAUAAAAUGGCAACUAUAUUAUUUAUU